AUGGCCGAUUUGAUUCCAUUCCGAACACCGGGGUGGCGCGCGGCGGCGAGGCUGUUCCUCACCGGUCACCUCCAAGGGCCUCUCAGUCUCGGGUGCCUCACCAGCUUCACGAGCCUGCUGGAAAGCCUCAACUGCCUCACCAACGUCAAGCCUGGCCCGGAGUUGGUGGUUUUCGAACUCAAGCAGAGCAGCUUGGCUUAA